AUGCUUGCGUCACUCGCACCCGCUCAUUUCCUAAAGCGGUUGUUUGUACAAAGCGAGGCGGAGUCUGGGAAAUUUGGAGAGGUGUCUACGUUUUUGCAUCUUGCUGUAAUCAUUCAGCCUAUCACUAUGUAUGAUCACCAUCUAUGUUUACAUGGUACACCGCAACUUGUGCCGCCAGAGGACAGGGUGCACCGCAAAUUUCCCUGCCGGUCGAUACCAUGCAUCAGGACCGCCGGUGAGACACUACAGUGUUGGUGA